AUGGACAAAGACUACGACAAGGAGUACGAAUGGUUCUCGUACUACAUAUCUGUCACAUCUGUCCUUAUACUCAUCGUAAUAUGGUCCGUCCUACCGGAGGAUACUGAGGCUGGUUCUUUGCACCGUGGGGUCUUCAAAGUGAUACUGGAUGUCUUGCCACAGAGAAAUUGGAUCAUUUACAGUCAAUGUCUGGUGCUAAUGGGAAUGCUUUAUACAUAUUUUGGAAUUCUGAUGUACAAUGAGGAUGUAUUGAUGGCACCUUUAGAUGACUUACGCACUAUAACCGAUUCCAGGGGCGAAGUGGUCAUCUGUGGAAGCGAUAGUAAGAUGUUGAAGGCUUAUGCUUUCAAGGAGUCUAGUGGUAUUAUUGAUCUGCCUAUCAUGGACGUCUGUGAGAUACUAUAUUCUACCGAUACGGUAUCCUGA